AUGUGACUUGGAAAGUUAAAAAUGGUGGACGGCUCAAACAUGUAUCAAAAACAAAUUUUAUGUAGCCUAUAUCUUCUUGCUUUAUUUUCUGGAUUCAUCAAUGCAGAUCCAGUCCCUGUCGUUCUUUGGCACGGGAUGGGUAAGUUUGAAAAUAAUAUAAAGUCGGAAUUUAGUAAUAUACGUUGACAUCUUUUUUAGGGAUCCUUACUUUUUACUUUUAGUUAAAAAAUUUUUACUUUGCCAUCUAACUUGGGACUUGGACUUGGGAAUAAACAUCAACAUGUCGUACUUUUACAGUUACAGUAUUUUGUUACAUUUUAUCACUGCUGAAGCCUUAAUAAGUCCUGACCAAAAUUUGAAUGAGAUUCAAUUUGAGAAACUACAUAUUAUAUUAUAAUAUAUUUUCUAAGCUUUUAUUAUAUUAAAUUAUACGAAGUGGAUGCGUACACCGCGACGGUGUACCUAGCGAAACCAUCGGCUUUGGCCUGCGUAAACCGCGGCGGUGUACCUAGUGAAAUAGUGGGCUUUGGCCUGGGUACACCGUGGCAAAAAUGUACCAAUGGCCUGGUUUUAAGAUAUGCUUAUUAGAGAAGAUCUUUAAAUAUAUGUUUAAAUAUUAUAUUAAAUACACUUUAUAUAUUUAUAUACAUUUAAGUUUUAAAAUAUUUUGUAGCAAUUUAAACAAUUUAAAUAUAUGUUUCAAUAUUAUAUUAAAUACACUUUAUAUAUUUAUAUAUACAUAAGUGUUUCAACAAGUUGUGCCGGCCUCUAACUUUGAAAAUACAGGUAAAUUUAGUAAUAAGACUUUAGACAUUUGAAAACAAAUUUAAAGUUUCUGAAAGCGCAUGUAUAGUGUAUGUAACAUGUGUAAGAGAAACAUUAUGAAUACUAAGUGACUAAGUAUAUUCUAUUGUAUUUCAACAUUCUUCGUGUAGUUGAAUAUUUACAUUUUACUUUUACGAACACCCAAAGAAAAUACCAGUAUAUUAUUAAUAUCAUAUAAUUUUAAUGUCAUUAAUGUGCAUGGUCGUAUUUCAACCUUGAACCAUCUUGCUUUCACUAUGCCUUAUGCAUUGGCAAAAUGUACAUACGAUAUCAAAGGUUCAUUCACAACACUCAGUCUCACAGCAAAUCUUUUGAAAACACCUCGAUUUUAGAAACUUGCGGAGCGGUAGCAAACUGUAUAGCAAAGCCAUAGGUCUGCGUUUACCCUUUUCAUGACGGAAUUUGUUUCCAGAAUGGCAUGGCAUGUGCUAUUCUCAGGGUAAAACAUGACGUUUUCUCACAGAAACCAUUGCACAAUGGGCUUGGGACAGGAUUUACGCUAUGUCAAAGUUUUUGUAUUUAUUGGGUUUUUUUAAUUGUUAAGAAAUCGAUCCUUGCUGGGCGGUGGGGGUGGUGAUGAGUUAUGGGCAGAGGCUUAACCAAAAAGGGGGCAUUCACAAAUCACGGCUCUGGAUAGGGGUUAUCCACAAAGGAUGUCCGCACAAUAAACUUACCUUUUGCAUCCCGCCCCCCUUUCCGCCAGCAUUUUUUACUAAUGUGUAUUGCCAAUGUAAAACUAAAUCAAUGAUAUUUAAUAAUUGUUAAAAGACUUUUAAAAAUCACUGCAGUGUUUCGUAUUUAUCAUCUUACUGCUGUUUUGUGUUGACACACACUUGGUAUCACAAUGACAAUGCCUCGGACAACUUUAACUUCACGACUUCAUGAUCAAUGUAUGAGUAUGUGAUUCUCUUCCCGUAGUGUAUUUGUGUCGUAAUUAUAUCUUUGUGCUAACAAAAUAGAUUCACUGGCUUCCCAUUCAUUUUUACACCACACCCCGAGGGAUCACAUACAAUGUUAUAUUUAUUAAUACCCCCCCCCCCCCAAAAAAAAAAAAAAAAAAAAAAAUGGGCAUGAGAGAAUAAUUCCAAAUUAGCUCCCCUUUUUAUGCCUAUUAAGAUUCACAAUCAUAUGAUAAAACUUACAACAAUUAAUAAAUAUAUUUGUAUUUCAAUAUAUGGGGGGUGGGGGGAAUAAUGUGGUUAACUUUAAAAAUAAAUCAUGGUUUAACAUUACACCCCCAGCCCCCUCCCUUCCAAAAAAUAAUAAGAAAUGCUUUACAUGUACUUUGUCACAUAAGCAUGGAACUUACUCAAUAUCUUCCCAAGGUAAUAAACGAAUUUUAAAUAAAUAGUUUUCAGUUUUAACAUGAGUAUAACAUUAAAUCUACAAGUACCGGUUAGGCCAAAAAGUUAAAGACUCGCAAAGACCAUAGUUUUGCUAAUUUAAAUCGCUGCGGUGUACGCAGGCCACGGACCAUGAUUUAGCUAGGUACACCGCCGCGGUGUACGCAGGCCAAAGUCAAUAGUUUCGCUAGGUACACCGUCCUAAAUUAUUGGGGUCACUAACACUAGGUAAAAAAUGCUAUAGGUUAUACUUAUAACUUAUACUAUUCUAUACUGAAUACUGAUGAAAGAUGAGCAAGAAAUGCGAGAAACAAUCUAAUUUUGAAAUUAGCAUGUACAAAGACAAGCCAGCCAAUCUCGAGGCUUUUAUUAUUGAGCCAGUGGCGGAUGGACCUUUCGUCUUAUUCGCCAUUCGACUCUGGGCCUAUAGAUUGGCCCAUCCGUUCCAAGAGGGUUAAUGUAAUUUAUUAAUUUUUUUUAAUAUUACAUUAUUAAUCAUUAAGUUAUAAAGAUAAGUUAGUAGUUAGACUUUUCUUUUAAGGAAGGGCUAAAAGCGAUAAGAGCUUACUAGCUUACUUUAAUUAGGAUUAAUUUAGUAAUGUUAAUUAUAUUAGGUUGAUUGGGCUUAUUUAUAAGUCUAAUUUUAUAUUAUUAUUAAUAAUUAAUAAUGACUUUGACUUCGACAUUACUUUUUUAGUUUACUAACUAGUCAGUUUUUAAUACUCGAAUAUUAGUAAUAGUAUUUAUUUUCUGAAUAAAAUUAUGUUCAAAUUUAUUUGAAUAGGCUAUUGGGCUUAUUAAAAAAAUAUUUGUUGCAUUAUUAAUAAAUUCAAUAAUAAUAAUUAUAAUAUCCAUUACGCAUUCUAUUUACGGCUGGUAGUCCAGUGUCAUUUUUUAGGCUAAUUUGGAAGGUUCUCAUGGUCCAUGAUUUAACGUAAGACUAAUUAUUAAAUACCAUGCCUGCUACACCAUGUGGUUUUUCGGUACAAGUUGGUUGAUAAUAGUAGGCCAAUGAAUUUUAAAUCUUAGUAUUUACUGUUACCGUUACUGUUUUACACUUAAUUGUGUCUGUUUUACAAGGGGAUAGUUGCUGCAACCCUUUAAGCAUGGGAUCAAUCAAGAAAUUGGUGGAGCAACAAGUAGGAGGUGGUGUUUAUGUUAAAUCAUUAGAAAUUGGAAGCAAUGUCUUACAGGUAAAUAUUUAUAUAUUUAUAAAUAAAUAUUUAUAUAAUUUCUUGAUUUAAAAAGUUAUCAUCCUCAUAAAAGUAUCUGAUAAAAUAUAUGUUGGUCUUAAUAUUUCAAAAACUUUUAUUUUUGGGUAUAGCCUAUAAUUACAACUUUAAAAAAAAGAAAUCCUUAUGCUCAUAGAUGUUCAUAUUUUUUAUAUUUCAUAAAAAUCAAAUAUCAUUUAUAGUUAUAAUUAAAACAGGACACAGAGAAUGGAUUUCUCAUGAAUGUGAACAAGCAAAUAGAUAUUGUAUGUGACCAAUUGGCAAAAGACAGCAAACUUCAGCAAGGCUACAAUGCCCUUGGCUUCUCACAGGGUGGACAGUUCCUGUAAGCCAUUAACCUUUGUGAGCUCAGUAUCACCAUUAUUUUUAUGAGUGCUGGGAUAACAUAAUUUGUUAUGAACACUGUGAAAUACUAAUUUUCUAUUAGCACAUAUGGGUAUAAUAACUGGUUACAAGCACUUAUAAUGAUUGUAUCAUAAAUAAAAUAUUUGAAAAAGAGUCCCUUGACUAUAUAAUAAAAAGAAUUUUUCAAAGAAAGUGGCAUCUAACUCUUAACACUUAAGUAUUUUUUUGAAAUAAUCGAACUAAAAGGAAUGCUUAUAAAGAAAUGUUUUUAUUUAUAAAAUUUAAUCUUAUUCUAACAGUCGUGCAGUAGCACAGAGAUGUCCAACCCCUCCUAUGCUGAAUCUGGUUUCAUUUGGAGGUCAGCAACAAGGUAAUAAUUAUUUUCCUGUCUUAUUUCAGUUUUUUUUUUUUAAAUUCACUUUAAGAGAGGUGAAAUAAUGUUGAAGUGAUUAAUUAGCCUGGCUUAGCCUUGAAAAAAAGUGUAUUUCAUUAUUUAUUUAAAAGAUACAAAAUGAUUAAAAACAACUUCCAGUCCACCCUGUCUAAAGAUUUAACUACACUCAGUAAAUUAAAUGGGAGCAUUCUUACAAUUUCUGUUAAACCAUAUAAUCUAUUUGUUCUGUUGCAUUAGCAAUUUAUUUUACUUUUAUUAACUUCUAGUUUACUUUGUUCACGUGAGUUAAGUUGCUGUCUAUCUCAUAGUCAUUUAUAAAAUUACACAUUUAUACAGGUGUCUAUGGAUUUCCUAGGUGCCCCGGAGAAAAUGAAACGCUGUGUGAUUUAGUGCGCAAGCUUCUCAAUGUUGGUGCUUAUGUUUCGUAAGUUUAUUUCUCACCUGUCUUAGCCAAAACAUUAAUCUUAUUUGUUUUGAUUAAAUCCUUAAACAUGAAAUAGACAAAAUUAAAUUGAUGAUUAAUAAUUUACAUCUGAUGUCAUUUUACUCACAUCUGUUGUUAAAUUAUUUUUUUUUUACUGUUUGGUUUAAGAAUUAAAUACCAGGUAUGUCAAACUAAUCAUCUAUGCAUCUUCUCACAGGUGGAUUCAAAAUUUGUAAGUAAUUAAAUAUUUUCACUAAAUAAAUAGGUUAUCUAUCCUUUUAGUGUUAUAAUUAUUUCAAGGUAAGUUGAUAAGCUCUAAGAAACUGUUGAUUUUUUAUUGUAAAAAAAGUUCCUUAAAAUAUGCUCCAACAUCAAUUCAUUUCAGUUUAAUCAGGAUGUGUAUCACAUAUUUAGAAUCAUUUUCCCCAAUGUCUAUAUUUUAUAUCACAAAUCACACCACACGCUAAGUCUGUGCUAAACAACUCCAGUCUCAUGAACCAACACAAGUUUAUUUACAUUUUGAUUCUUGCAAAUCUCUUUCAACCCCACUUAUGUUACUAGCUAUCACAUCCUUGUUACAGAUUUAUUACCCAAAUAGUGAUGUUACACCCUUCACCUGAAAUGAAAGGAACUAUAUAAAUUUUAAUGAAUUUCAUUACCAGCAUACUGUAUUAUACAUGGACUAUAUUUUUAAACAAUUCAAAAUUAAUCUUUUUUCUCAGCCUUGUACAGGCAGAAUAUUGGCAUGAUCCAUUGAAUGAAGCUGAGUAUAGGAACAAGAGUGUCUUCUUGGCUGAUAUUAAUCAAGAGAGGGUAAGGGAGUUAAGAAUUUUUGAUUUAUUAAAAAAAAAAAAGGUUUUUGAUGUUUGCAUUAAUAAUCUAUUUUUAUCAUGACCUAGCUAUGAAGCUUAAUAAAUAAUCAAGGAGCAUCUGUUUCUUUGAAUAAAUUUGUUGUGCAAUAAAUUUAGGUUAAAUAAAAAGAUAAUUCAACCCAAAAAAAAACAAUCGCAUCAUUUAUAUAAUUUAUCAGGAACUUUUAUUAAAUCAACAAACUAAGAGUUUGAGGGAAAUAUUUAUUCACAGACAUUUAAUGCUACAUACAAAACUAAUCUCCUGAAACUGAAGAAUCUAGUCCUUGUCAUGUUUGGAGAAGAUACAAUGGUGGACCCAAAAGAAAGUGAAGUAUGUUAAUGUUAAAUCAACUGUAAAAAGGAUAUAUCCAAUUUUGGGUAUGAGCAUCAAUGCUUAAUUUGGAUUUUAAGAGAAAAAUCUGUUUCAUGUAAUAAGAGCCAACUUUUGCAAUUGCAAAUCAAAUUCAGUCUUUAUUAACUUGAACCCUAUAUCUACCUAUUUGAAACCAAUAUGGCACUUUUUGUUAAGUUCUGAGGGAAAAAUGUUUUUGUAUUAUUGUGCUCUAUUUCAGUGGUUUGGUUUCUAUGUUGAAGGUCAAGCAAAAGCUUUAUACAACAUGACCGAGAGUAAACUAUAUCAGCAGGUAGAUACAUUAUCAUAAGCAGGGGUAAAACUAACCAAUGAUUGAUCCAGGGAAAGAAUGCUCUUCAGUGAAGAAAAAAAUCAGAAUGGGAGGGGUAAAAAUAGAAUGUUUUCUUCAAUAAUCAAUACUUUAGCUUAUUUUUAAAAGAGACUUUAGGAGGUAUGUGCUACCACCCUGAAUCUGCCAAUCCAUGUGUUUUAAUUAUAUUUUACUAGAUGUAUAUGUUAGAAGAUGAUUUGAAAUUACGGUUGUCAUUUGAUUAUAAUUUAAAAGCUCUUUUUUUAAAUACUAACUACAAAGCUGUACAGUUAUCGUUUUUUUUCUUUUAGGACUUGCUGGGUCUUAAAGAGUUAAAUCAGAGCGGCCGCCUAACUUUGCUUGUGUCCCCAACUGACCACCUGCAGUUCACAGAUGCUUGGUUUGAAGCAAAUAUCCUCAGAUUUUUAAAGUAAACCACCAAUGACUACCUACUUUGUUAAAGUUGCACAAUUUUUCUACAUAUUUUUUUUACCAUAAUUCAAUUGAUAUCAGCUUCAGAUUACAGGUUUUUAAAAUAAACAAUGAUCCUCUUUAGAUUUUUAACUCAUCAGAAAAACUACCUGUCUAGUUUAAAAUUACUUUAAAUUUUUAAAAAUAAAAAGGUAAAUAAAUACCCAAAAAUACCUGAUAACAGAGUUCCUUUCCAUUUAAAAAAAUAAAUAAAACAAACCAUGAUUUUUUUUUCAAUUCUUCGAAUUAAUUAUUACCUUAAAGAAUAUUUUAUCUAAGUUAUGUUCAUAAUUUUAAGUGGAGAUUUUUUUUCUUCGGUUUCAGUUUGUUUCUUUCUUUGCUUUGUCUUAUGAAAAUCUAUUUAUACUAAUUUUGAUCGUAAAAAUGUUUGGCUGUAAAUGUUUACAUCACUUAUUUAUUAACAUUGUUCACCUUGAAAUUAUUUACCUUUUGUAAAUGUCAUCUUAUGUUUAAUUAUAAUAUUUAUUCCCAUAAAAUUUUAAGGUAAUUAUGAGUGAUUGCUCCUUAAUUAUGCAGAAUAGAAACAACUCAUUAUUUUUACUAUUUUAAAGUGCCUUACCAUUGUUGACAGUUUGAUAAACAGAUAACUAUUCCACAUCAGAUAUCCAUAAUUACUGAAUAAAUGUGUUUAUUUCAGGGAAAAGUCACUUUUGAUGACUCUGGUUCUCUUUAUCAAUAUAUAUGAAAUCAAAAAGAAACUUAAUUAUAUAAGGCCAUAAAAGAACUGUGAAAAAAAAUUGUGUUGUUGUUUCUAUUUAAAUUUCUUUCUUAAAAAAUAAAUAAAUAUAAAUGGUUAAAACAUGAUUUAUAUUCAAAUUUAGAUUGUAGUAUUAUUACUAUUUUUAUUUCAUUUUAAUAUUUGGCUCCAAUUACAAUUUUAGGGUUUACAUCUCUGAAUAUGACUUUUGUCAUGGUGCUUUGACAUUUUUUAAGAUAUCUGUAUAUAAGUUAAUAUCAGCCUAUCCUGAAAAAUGCUGCAGGCAUCUUUAGUUUUAACCCAACUAUUUACUGUAAGAGACAGAAUUACACCUCUUUAGAUUAAUAUAAUUUUUCACUAUCAUUGGAAAUUGUAAGUUUCAGCUUUAAAUUUUUACUACAUUUAGAGUCGGUUUUAAUUGAUUAUUUUUUUUAAUAAUGUUUAAGAUGUGAUAAUAAAUUUUAAUGUUAUGUACAAUAAAAUUUUGUGGCAUUGACAUAUGUUAAUAAAAAAUAAUUUCAUCUGAUAAACUUGAAACUUUUUUUAUUUUAUUGGUUAUAAUUAAGCUUACCACAUUAGACCCCAGAAAAUAAAUCUAU